AUGGUUACUUUCACAGAGAAGCCAGCAGAUAUUCAGCAAACGGAAAAAUUGGCUGAACCGGAAGACGAAGCUGGUUCUCUUUCCACAAAAACUAGUUGUGAUACACUUCCCUCAGCUCAUUGCUCUACGGAGCAACUCAUUGAACAUGAAAUCGUCCCUAGUUCACCAGAUUCAUUGUAUUGUGACAAAUAUAUGCGGGAAUUCUGUGUCGACUUUACCGAAAACGAUCCCGAAAACGCUCAGAACUGGAGUAUAUGGUACCAAAUAUAUACUGUUAUCGCCAUCACAUAUUCUGCUUGGGCAACAGUGCUAUACUCGACUUGCUACUCCAGUGGCAUUCCUGAUAUGAUGGCGGAUUUAAACAUUGCUAAUGAGACGGUGGCAAACCUGGGAAUUUCUCUCUAUCUUCUAGGAUGGUCGAUUGGUUCUCUUGUCCUGGCUCCACUGGGCGAGACUGUUGGACGACGGCCGGUUUAUAUCACGGCUUUAUUACUUUUUAUAGGACUGAUACCGGCAGCGGCCCUGGCAAACUCCUUUGUCGUCAUUCUUAUUGUGCGAGUUUUGGGGUCUAUUGUUGGAGGUGUCAUGGUUAGCGUUGCGCCUGGAAGCCUGGUUGAUAUCGUGCCAGCCUCUCACACGGCGCUUGCUAUGUCAUUCUAUUCAUUUGGAACGUUGAAUGGCCCAGUUACUGGACCGAUUAUUGGAGGUUUUGUAACUAAGCGCUGGGGUUGGAGAGGCGAUGGCUGGUUUAUCAUGAUAGCCUCUGGGGUUGGACUGGUUAUGAUGUCGUUAGUACGAGAAUCUUAUCCACCAGUCAUUCUUCGUCGACGAGCUGCAAAGAUGCGCAAACAAACAAGAGAUCCACGAUGGUGGUCAAAAUAUGACGAGUGCGAAAUUCCGCUGCAUAAACGACUGCGAACUGCGCUUUGGCGACCAAUAAAACUGUGCGUUACAGAACCGGUACUGUGGUUUUGGAAUUUCUACAUCUCCGUCAUCUAUGCAAUUCUUUACCUCUGUGUGGUUGCCUACCCGAUAAUCUUCCAAAUCCGGCAGUGGUCACCAGAGAUGUCCGGACUUGCAUUCCUUGGUGUUUUCAUCGGAAACACUCUCGCCGUGGUUUGCGAGCCAUUACUUCGGCGGCUGGUCAACCUCCACCCCGUUGAUAUUCGCACGGGUCUACGGGCUCCCGAGGCGUCGGUUUUGGUGAUCAUCAUCGCUGCCGUCAUAGCACCAAUUGGUCAGUUGGUUUUUGCGCUGACGUCUUUGCCGGCCUCGGUUCCUUGGAUUGUGUCUAUGUUUGGCGCUGUUCUCUUUGGAUUUGGGAACACGAUCAUCUUCACAUACGGCACAAAUUACGUUGCCGUCUCCUACGGGAUAUACGCAUCUUCUGCCCUUGUAUCUAAUUCCGUCUGUCGCUCGCUGCUUGCCGCGGGCCUUGUGGAAGUUGGGCAGCGUUUCUACAGCGACCUCACUCCACGUGUAGCAGGGAUUGUGCUUGCUGGUGCUGAAUUUGCCAUCAUUCCCAUUCCAGUUUUGUUUUAUAUAUGGGGGCAAAAAGUGCGCUUGCGAAGUAAAGCACUUGGAAAACAAUCUGCUUCGCAAGAAUAA